ACUCUAGAAGGAAAUUCUGCUGAGGAGGAUCCUGCUAAUAUACAAAGGUUGAUAAAAAGGGUCAUCGAAACCACGAGGUGCACGCAAGCCCGAGCGGAGCUAGCUUUGUAUGAUAACGACAACGAUCUCGCCGCUGCUAUUGAUUACAUUCUUGAACAUGGAUCGGAAAUAGAAUCAUGGACCGAGCAGAAAAGCAAAAAAGACAAAAAGAAAGAGGAAGAGGAAAAACGACCAUCUCGAGGACAGUCGUCUGCACGAGGUCGAGGUGGGUAUGGUGAUCGUGGAGGUCGUGGUCGAGGACGUGGCGAGCCGAUGGCAGCACGUGGAGCAUCUCGUGGAGCUUCAAUGAGUGGUCGCGGACGAGGUGGAAUGGGAGGAAAUGCCCGUCCCGUCCCCGCCAAGCCUCAUAGUGAAGAUUCGACUAUCAAGACCACCGACACUGAAUCUGUGGAUGAAGCAAGCGAUUGG